AUGGCUAAUCUCUCUAUCAACAGUCAAAUACUUCAAAUUCACGGCUUUGAACUCUCCCAAACCUCUGUGUAUCCAUUGUUUUUCCUUAUGCUAUUUGUCUAUCUUACCCUCUUCAUUACCAAUGUUGGUGUCCUGGCGCUUAUCAUUACAGAAAAACGUUUACAUCAGCCCAUGUAUCUGCUCUUCUGUAACCUCUCUGUAAAUGAUCUCAUCGGCAACACAGUCUUACUUCCACGUCUGAUGUCAGAUAUAGUGUCCACAGAGCGAUUUAUUACGUAUGGUCAAUGUGUUACACAAGCAUUCUGCAGUCACACAUUUGGCUCUGCCUCACACAUGAUUCUGGUCAUAAUGGCUUUUGACAGGUAUGUGGCCAUAUGCCAUCCCUUACGAUACACUUCAAUCAUGACUAAAAAAACUGUGGUAAAACUGUCUGUGUCUGCUUGGGUAACAUCUGUUGUACUUGUAUCUGUUCUGCUGGGCCUUACUAUUCGAUUAUCCCGCUGCAGCUCUGUAAUUUUAAAUGCAUACUGUGACAAUGCAUCGUUGUUCAAAUUAUCUUGUGAAGAUGUGACAAUUAACAAUAUUUAUGGGUUAUUUUUCACAGUUGUGCUUUUCUCAUCCUCAAUGGGAAGUAUUGCUAUCACUUACUUUAGAAUUGCCAUAAUUUGUUGGACUAAAAAAAACAAGGAGCUAAAUAAUAGAGCACUACAAACAUGUGCUAGUCACUUGGUUCUUUACAUGAUAAUGUUAUGGACAGGUUUCCUAACCAUCAUUUUACACAGAUUUCCUGACUAUCCAGAUUUAAGAAAGAUUGCAUAUAUUUUAUUUCACGUUGUUCCAGCAAACUUAAAUCCAAUUAUUUACGGAAUGCAAACAAAGGCUUUAAGACAGAAAAUUGUGCAACUUGUCAACAGAAAAGUUCAUUCAUAG